AUGGCUUACAUUUCAGACAACACCGCCGCCGCUCAGGAUAUAACCACCGGCUCUCAGCACACGGCGGCACUGUUUUCAAGUAAUCUCCACGAUCCCAUUCAACCUUCUUUCGUAUCAGAUUCAUAUCCUUCUACAAGUCUGGAAGGCGCAAACAUAACGAUAUCCACCGAGUCCGAUGAAGGAUGCUCAUACCCACUAUUUGCCACCCCAGCCACUCAUUCGUCUCCGAUUUCCCAUGUUCAACAAGCGUCAGGUUCUUCAUCCAGCCUUGAACUGUCCUCGGAGCCUACACUAGAACCAUUUCCCCAUUAUUCUUUUGAGGACAUCAAUCCAUUGUUUAGUUCCUCGUCUGAUCUUUUCCCCACGAUAGGUCAAGGACGUGUGUCAAGUCCCAAUCCAUACACAAUCUUUCCCGACCCUGCUAUUCAACCAUCGAUUUCGUAUUCAGAAAUUCGUCCAACCAGUCUACACACCUCCCAUCAGACGUCACCAAGCAGACGUCAAUUUCUGGCUCUUGGGAACUUUGGAAAUUAUCCAUCAAUGAACGUGGAUGAUGGGCAUUAUCCGUCCACGUCCUCAACGAGUGCUGCGCCAGAAAAUGUGCAACCAAAUCGUUAUAUCGAUCUCAUUCAUGGUGGAGUCUGGUUCACCGAAACCGAUCCAUCUACACAGGCACCACAUAACCACACUAGGGUGCCCACAGAAGAUAAGAAACGAACACGACAAUUGCUUCCGACGCUUUCAGGCGUUGAGCACAUGAUUUCAUACUAUCGCACUGGGAGUCGAAGUCACCUCUCAGGCGAUAGUACCAGCGAUUUCCACUCCUAUAUCAGAGAAAAAGAAAUAAAUUAUCAAAGAUCCAUCCAGAUGGACUUGAACCGCGAAGAGAGCUCCGGGGUUGGCCCCGUCGAGCCUCUCACUAAGCUCGUAGAAAGCGAUGGAGGAAUGGCCAACCAUCCCUCCCGGACAAAGAGGCGACUUGCCAGCGCUUCUAGAUAUGCCCAGAGGAGAAACCAAUCCACGGCAGAGAGCGAUAGGUGUGAUUCCGCCUCUGUAGUCAAACGGCCACGAAGAGGUUCGCGAAUCGACCCGGAAAGUACCUCGCCAGUGACCGAGGUCUUUCGGGACAAAAGGAGAGGCAAAGGUAGGGUCGCGGAAACAUCGAGGGCCGCACUGAGGCCGCAGAUCAAGCCGGUACCACCGAGGUGCCUGGCUGACGGGUUCUCUCAGAGGCGUUUGGUAAUCAAAGAGCGCCCGCGUCACCGAAAGCACGGUGGAGAAAUCGGCUUUCAGGUCAUAGAGGCUCCGGGGCAGCCCUAG